GGCUUGUAUUGAACCUUGGGUCCUGUUGUUAAAGAAGGACAUAAAUAGAGGAGUAAAGUACUGGACCACUCAGAUUUGUUUAGUUCUUCUGAUCAAAACCAUUCUUGAUCCGACAAAAAUGAUAUCAAGGAUGUGGAUUUUAUGGACAUGCACAGUCAUAUUUUUACUGGUGAGAGACUGUCAUUGCAUUCAAAAGACCACGUUAUCGAAGAACUGGGGACCACAGUCAAUGCUCUACUUAAAGGGAAAACAUGGAAGACGGUUUGUUCCUGACAUUGAUGAUAUUAUUUCAAGUUCAGGGUUGAAAAGCUGGUACGCAGUUCUCAAAGGGUUUCAGAAACUGAAGUCGCUGAACGCAAGAAAACAAUCAGGAUUGUUCACAAUGCAGAACUUUGUUAUCCGUUAAUCUUUUUGUUUGCUGGGUCUGUACAGUGUGCCAUAUUUUAUAAUGUUUAAGAUUCAAAAUAAAUCUUUUUAUGUCAAAUACGUGGGAGAUUGAUUGAUUUAUUUGACUGUUUAGAUGGGGCUUUAUAUAUUUUAGGAUUGAUGGUAUA